GCGAACUCAAGCUCCAUGCACCGACAGCCGCCACGUGCUUCAGUGAUGCCGGGUCCAUACGAGUUCCCCACUACAAUUAAUCACUUUCCCUGUCGGUGGAAACAAUCCCAUUCAUCGACCGUCCCACACUGCCUGCUUAGUUCUCCACCCCUGUCUUCAUCCGCCUACCCUUCUCUAGCCCUCCAUUCCUGACAGAAGAACACCGGCAUCGGGGAGGAGCAGAACAGAUGGAAGCCCAUAUCGGUUCGGACAACGGCCCCGGGCUUUCCGCUCCGACGUACGGACUCCCACAUUUGAUCGACGAGAAGGAGGAGGGCAAGUAUCCAUUGCUGCUUGUCUACCUGGCUGAGCAAACUUCAGCCGAACAAGCUUAUCUUGCUGUUCGCCUACAAGACUUCCUCGGAAAGGAAAAUGUUACACUCACGAGAUGGCAACCGUCACCGGCGCUGCUAUGUCGGGUCGCCAUCCAAGGCUCUUAUCCAGACAGCCAGGCUAACAUUCACGCAAUGGCUACCUUGGCAUAUCGGGCUGGAUGGACAAGAUUCCUUGUAGCAGAUGGCCUCACCCAGCGUCAGCUGCAUGGGAAUCUUCGCAUGGGGGAGGACCCACUUCUUUCACUGGUCAUGGUCAUUGUCAAACCAGAGCCAGCUACCUUACCCCCAGCCGGCGAUUUUUGCGUCUUCGCAAAGCGGACCACUGUAGGUGGGAGCAGCGAAGCCGAAUUCCUUGAGAAACUACGCAACGUGCAACCAUCAAAGAAAUCUGCUAUGCAUAACGUUCAACGCGAUCGAUAUGACGAUCCUGGCCUCACUCUUUAUGAACCAGACCGGCCGCCAUUUACCAUCGACAGAGCGACCUAUCUCAGUCAUGAAGAACGUUUCAAUGUUGCCGAGGCCUUAUUGACAAAAUACACGCCUUUGCCACCGGAGCUGGUGGGUCAAGUCUUAACUUAUCUUUCAGGCGCCAACGAGGGUCCUUUAGGGCUGCCGUCGUGGAUAUACCACAGCGCACAGCGCUUGAACAUCUUUCUCCUGUUUCCGGCGACACCACCCGAGCUUCAUCAAAUUCAAAUUAUCUUUCAGGAUGCCAUCGAGGACUACCGGAAGAUCGAGCGCUCCGGUGUCCGGUCAUAUACCAUCACCUUUAUCCCGUGGGAAUAUCACAGAGCCAGGUCUCGCCGUGAAAUCGCAAACCUGUGGGAGGCGUAUCGGCUUAGAGCAGGGGACAACUCAGCCCCUUUUAAUAUCUACUUUCUCCAACAAAUUCCUGCCACUCAAAACGCUCACGACCUCGAACUAGGAAUUGUCAAGUACGAACGGGGCGAUUUGCCAAAUGUUGCACGAAUAUCUCUGAAAAACAUAAUCAUUGACAGAGGCCCGUGGACCGAAAUGAUGAGGAGACGAGGAAUAUCCGCAGAACACUACAUGUAUAGUAAAAAGGUCGAGCCGGAGUUACUGUAUUCGCCCAACCAGCCAUUCUACACCAACCCGCCGCGAUGGCUGUCAGCAAAGAAAGGACAAUACACCAUACCAGUGUUUUAUCUCACGAAUAACCUUCCCACGUCCGAUAAAGACAAUAUAGAAAGAGAAAUUCGCACAAUAGGCGAAGUGGAAGAGAAUCACUGGGGAACUAAGAUCGCAUGUUACGUUCCCUGGGACAAUGAAGCCGACGGCACCCUCGACGACGUCUGGAAGAUCUUCUGGGAAGUCUUCACCUAUCGCGGAGAGCGCGACAGCCAAUUCCCUAUUUUCUUCAUCGACGCACAAUCGGCGCUGGAUAACACCGUCCUAGUUGUCCAUCCAGAUCACUUGUGGUUUGACCAGUCCAACCAUAGAGCGCUGGCAAUGCUGCAGAAUGUGCUGUAUCCCAGUGUGCGUGGGCUUCAGUAUGGUCGGGUGCCGGGUCGAGAGGCGCAUACUGUGCGUGCUAAUGUUAGCACCGGCAACAUGUUCUUCGAGGAGUUUACGCGGCCUCGGCGCUUUCCGAGACCGGACUGGCCUUGUCAUGGGUUUACGGCAGCGCAGGUGUGAUGUUUACUGUAUUCUGUCUUUUCAUUGGUUGUAUGAUGACCUUGUGUUGACUGUCAUUCCGAAUGUUAAAUCCGGACUUGACAGAUAGUCCCGUUUGACUCUAGAGCAGAUCGUGAUAGACUCGUUGCUUGGCAAUUCCAUAUGCACGUAACCACGAUUCGUGGUAUAUUCACGUACUGGGAUAUCAAGUGAUUCAGGAACGGACUACCGAGCCAUACACUCCAAUAGAAUAAAUCGAACAAUUCCGAGAACUUACUAUCGAAU